CCUUUUAGUCGACCUUUAGACACAAAGACCACGUAUAAGAUUUCAGCUCCUGGUAGAUGCAUUUACCUCGGACUUGACCACCACAGUGAACAACUGUGUGUGAGAGGUUUGCUCUCUCUGUCAGAAGUCAGUUUUGUCCUAAGCGUGUAUCCGUACGCGGAUCCGUCCAUUGGUCUUGGCGUGGAGUCCCUCAUGUUCUCAUCAUGAAUGUUGUUGAGCCGUAUGAACCCAUCCAGCACCACUGGUUCUUCAACCAGCAGGUGGACUCCAAAGACUCCUGGCAACCCUUCAGCAGAGAAGACUCUCAGCGGCUGGAGGAUGCUUACAGUCGAGUGGGGAAAUGUGAAAAGGAUGAAGUGGUAGUGGUUACAAAUGGAAGAAGGUAUGACGUCAGGCUACGUGAAAGGAAGCGUUACUCCGUGUAUUGGGAACAGAAGCCCGCCGAGGUCAGACGCUGCUCCUGGUUCCACAAAGGCAGCAAAGACAUGAACUACACUCCCUACAGUGAAGAACUCAGUGAUCUCCUAGAGGACGCCUAUAUGAUUGCAAUGACCCUGGACGAAUGGAAGACGAAUUUGGAGCUCCCAACAGGAGAAACUGUGAUCUUUCACAAUCCCAAGCUCAUGACGCAGUAUCCCAGCAGCUGCAAAGAAUUUCCCCCUUCCCCGAAUGAACAGACUCAAUCCAGGACACUAAAGAGAGGAACUGAGAAUAUUCCAGUAGAGAUACCAGAGGGAGAACCAGAGAUAGUAGACCACCUGGUGUUCAUGGUUCACGGUAUCGGUCCGGCCUGUGACAUACGUUUCCGUGGCAUUGUCCAGUGUGUGAAUGAAUUUCGAAGCGCCUCCGACAGCCUCAUAAAGAGCCACUUCAGGCAGAGUGAGGACUCGUGCAUUAUUGGAAGGGUUGAGUACCUUCCAGUCAACUGGCACAAAGUCUUGCAUGGAGAAACUACAGGAGUUGACAAAGACAUUGAGAGAAUCACUCUGCCUAGCAUUAACCGCCUGCGUCAGUUCAGCAACGACACAGUGCUGGACCUUUUCUUCUACAACAGCGCUACGUACUGCCAGACUAUUGUGGAUACAGUGGCCUCUGAGAUCAACCGUUUGCACAGCCUCUUCCUCCAGAGACAUCCACACUUCACAGGACACGUUUCCCUGGUUGGACACAGCCUUGGCUCAUUGAUCUUGUUUGAUCUCCUGACCAAUCAAGAGACUGAUGCAGAUGGCACACCGCAUGAGCUCCGUGAGGACGUUCAUGUAGACACAGGCUGCGGUUCCUAUGAGAGUCUGGAGGAGGCGCUGAAGGGCCAUGGGUUAGAGGAGCACCUCAAUAUUCUGCACAGAGAACAAAUGGAUAUGGAGUCCUUGAUGCUUUGCUCAGAGAAGGACCUAAAAGAUAUCGGAAUACCUCUGGGUCCUCGCAAGAAAGUUAUGAACUGUGUAAAGAAAUGGAAGCACUCUAGAUCUGGAAGUGGACAUGCAGCCCAAAAUGAGACCCAUUCCCCAAGUCUAGGGAUGAGAAAUGAACAUCACACCCCCACCACUAGUGCGGUUGAUUAUCAGCAUUUUGAUGUUGGCAUUGGACAAGUAUCCAUCGAUUAUCCUCAGUUAGCCUUUCAUCCGCAGGCCUUCUUUGCCAUGGGUUCACCCAUAGGAAUGUUUUUAACCGUCAGAGGUCUGAAGAGGAUAGAUCCUAAUUACAGCUUCCCAACCUGCAAGAGUUUCUACAACAUCUUCCAUCCAUUUGACCCAGUGGCGUAUCGAAUUGAGCCCAUAAUUUUGUCUCAAGACAUGGACUUGCCUCCCAUGUUGAUACCCCAUCAUAAAGGCAGAAAAAGGAUGCACCUCGAACUCAAAGAAGGUUUGACUCGGGUCAGUUCUGAUCUACUGGGAUCACUACGAAUGGUUUGGCAGAGCAUUUCUCAGGUCCCAACGCCAGCGCUCGCAGAGGGUGGAAUCAGUUCCAUGACCCCUACAGAUGAAGCAGAAGUGUCACCAAUGGAGCAGGAGGAAAGUAACUUCACCAAGGUGGGGACGUUGAAUCGUGGGCGACGUAUUGACUUUGUCCUUCAGGAGACACCGAUUGAAAGUUUCAAUGAAUACCUGUUUGCCAUACAAAGCCAUUUGUGCUACUGGGAGUCCGAAGAUACUGCUCUGUUGGUUCUGAGAGAGAUUUAUGGAAAUAUCCAAGUGAGAAACGCUCAUUUAUGAAUGCUAUAUACCUUUUGUGCUGUACAACUACCUUUAAAGCCAGUCCACAGUGAGUUGGUUCGCUCCUCACAUUUUAACCAGCCAAUAAACUACCUAAAAAGAAUUUGAAAUUGGAAUCCCAAUUGAACUAUUGCCAGGUAUUGGGAUAUUGUUCUUAAGGCAGGAUUACGGACAUUUAAUACACACAAUAACCUUUUGUGCAAUAAUGUGCACUGUUAUAGAAACUUGCAUUUAGUGUGUAGCCUACAAUUUUGGUCGGUGUUUUCUAAUUUUUAAUUAAUUUAUAUGAUGUAUUUAUAAUGUUUGGAUAUU